AUGGAAAACUCUACUCACUUUAAGGUCUUCAGGCUUGCUGCAUACGGUGAUAUCGGACAAUUGAAGUAUUGCUACUUUGCUGUAGUAACUGUAAUAUAUUUUGUCAUCAUUCUUGUCAAUGCUUUACUUAUUGGAGUUAUCUGCAUUGAAAGAAGCCUUCAUGAACCCAUGUAUGUGUUUCUAUGUGCUUUGUUUGUUAAUCAGUUGUAUGGGAGCACUGGUUUGUUUCCUGCUCUCAUGUUUUACUUGCUGUCUGACACACAUUAUAUUUCCCUUCUUUAUUGUUAUCUCCAGAUUUAUGUGUUGUACACAUGUGCUCUAACAGAAUUUAGUAAUUUAGCAGUUAUGUCCUAUGACAGGUACAUCUCUAUUUGUUAUCCUCUACAGUAUAACAAUAUUAUGACACCUAAAACCAUUUGUGGCUUAAUUCUGCUGUCGUGCUUGUCUUCUUUUUUUCUCAUCGCCAUCAUUAUCUCCCUGAGUUUGCGACUGCAAUUUUGUGGUAACGUUCUAGACAGACUGUAUUGUGACAACUACUCAGUAGUCAAGCUUGCCUGUUCAAAUACUAUGCUGAAUAACAUAUGGGGUCUUGUUGUCACUGUGCUUUAUAUUUCUUGUACUAUAUUUCCUACCAUAUACUCAUAUGUAAGAAUUCUACAGAUAUGUUUAAAGUCUUCUAAAGAGAUGAAACAGAAAGCAUUUAACACCUGUACACCACAUAUAGCCUCUAUGCUGAACUUCUUAUUUGGCUGGUUAUUUGUGAUUCUACAAGGCAGAUAUGAAACUGCAGAUCUUUCACCUAUACUUCGCACUAUUUUAUUUGUUUAUUUUCUGAUAUGUCCACCAAUUUUCAAUCCUUUAAUGUAUGGUGUUAGGAUGUCCAAGAUAAGAAAAGUAUAUGGCAUCCAAGCCACCACAGACUACCGGCCAAAAAACCCUACUCCCACAGCCAGCGACAUCUCCAUCUCAGAUGAGUUAAACAGGUUCUAUGCUCACUUUGACCGGGACAACACAGAUCCAGCCAUCAAAGCUGAGCUCCCCCUCUAUCCAUCGCAGAUGUGUUGCCUGCACUGA